AGUUCCGUUUCGAUGUAGAAGAAAUAAGCAACUUUAAGCUUUCCCAUGAAUUAUCAAGUUUCUGUUGAUAAUCAUUCAGAAACUUCAGUCAAUUAAUAAAUAUUUUCAAUGGAAGAUACAGCUAGUACAACCACUUCCAUUGACGAUAAAACAGAUGAUUGUGCUGAUUCUCCAACAAGAGAUGCCUUAGCAGAAGGGUUAAUGGAACUUUUAAGACCGUCUGUCGAACAAUUAGACGACCAUGUUAGAUUGACUCUAUUAAGUCAAAAAGAUUUGAGGCAUCAAAUUGAAAGUUUAUCAGAUGAACUGAGGCAAAUUUCAGAAACGUACAGUUCAAUGUUUGACCUUGAUGUUUAUGUAAAAAAACUGAUGAAUGCAAAACGACGUGUCAUGCUUGUCAAUAACAUUCUCCAAAAUGCACAGGAACGUUUGAAUCGUUUACAUCAAAGCAUUGCACGUGAGACUCAAAGGAGAAAAGCUUUACUGGAGAACAACCCCACAGCAAUUCAACCGUCUGCUUAAAGCACUUGAUACGCAAAAGUCGAAGCAAUUUUUUUGAAUGAUAGUAAAUAUGCUUUCUUCUUCAAUCAGACAUAUUGAUGCCAAUAUUUUAUAAUUUUAGAAUAGAAAUUUGGUUCUAAAACUGCAGAAACUUUUAUUAUAAGUUUAAAUAUAAUUUUGCUUGAGACAGUUUUCUUUUUUUUUUAACAUUAGUAAAUAAACAUAAUUUUGUUAGCAACAGUGUUUAAUAUUUUAUAUUAAGGAUUGUGCAUCCAUUUAUUGAAGAGUACUGGAGAAAAAAUAUUUUGGCUUUGCGAGGAUGGAAUGAAUUUAGUUUUUAUAACAAUUAAUAAAACCUUAUUCCUUACUGUAAUAAAAAAUAUUAGUUCAGUAGUUCAAUAUUUUUGAAAUAGAAAACGCUUGAUAGUUUAAAAUAAAAAAACACUUUAAGUUCCAAACGCUUAAUAUUAAGUAUAACAGUUUUUAAACUAUCUUUUAAAAAAAACUGAAAAAAUUUUAUUGUACAUAAAUUACCUGUAUCUUUUGUUUUUAAAUAUGUCUUUGAGUUUUUUUUUUUUUGCUAAAAUCAAGUCUUAAUUUAAAGAAAACUUCUAUUAAAAAGGUAGAAGUCUUCUAUUAAUGUAGAAAGAUAUAUAUUAACUAAUUUUUUACUGAAAAGAAGGGACGCUGAUUGAUGAAAAUUCCAAGACUUCAGGUUGUACACCCCUUAAUUAUAUUAAAAUAUAAAAAUUUGAAAAUAACAUGUUAUAUGCUAUUCAUAAUUUUCAACGUUUCCUAAGCUUGUAAUAUCAUUAAAUUUAAAUUUGCAUGCUAGGUAAUUCAUUUUAAAAAAUCAUUGACGUUCAAUUAUCUUUAUUGUUCUGUUAUUUAUAUUUGUAGUGAAAAUUAUCUUACAAACUAACCUCAUAUUGCCAAUUUUUUUUCAUUAAUGCUUCUGGUGUUUUCUCGUUAAUUGUGACUUUUAUUAUUGUUUUUCCAUUAUAUAGAUAUGUUUUUUCAGUAAUAUAUUUUAUAUUUUUAAAAUGUUUACUUGUAAAACAUAUCAGUCAAUGUAAUAAAUCACUUGGUAAAUAAAUGUUUACAAAUCAGAAAUCUUAAAUUUAAAAAUGAUUAUUCAGACUUUGUUUUAUGUAUGCUGUGCAUUUAAUGUAUGUCAGCUGUAAAGUAUUUUACAGUCAUCAGGUGUUGAGAUGUUUGCUUUGUUACUUUGUUUAAAAUUUAUUCACAAACAAGAUUAUUGUUUAUUAUUCGGUUUGAGUAAUAUAUUAAAAAGUUUAUUGGAAUUUAAUUACUGUGAUGAUCGUAAUCAUAUAUUUAUUGAAGUUAGAUAUAUUUCUGCUGUUAUAGUAAUAGUACAUAUGUUAUGCAAAAUUCCUUUUUUUAUGAAUGGAAAAAAAUUUAUGUGAACAUUUCUGUAAAAUUGAAACAAAAUUGGUUUAUUUUUUCUAAAUAUCUUAGUACAAAUAACUUCAAUUCUUUUGCAAAUUUCUAUUUUACGAUGCAAUUUUUGUAUCUGCUAUAUUUCUAUAUAGAAUUAAUUAUAUCUAUUUUGUAUAUAUUCAAAAAGGUUUCUAUGCUAGUUUAUAUUAGUUAUUUGAGCUUGUAAACACUUGAGAAUAGAUAGUUUAUAGUUAUAGCAGAAGAUAACUUUUGGAUAAUAUUCACAAUUACUUCUCUAAUUAUUUUUAUCAGUGGUUUCAAAUAAAUCUUUCUUUUAUCAAAUAAAAUUUUAUAUUAUUAAUUUUAUAUCUGAUAUAAUUUUUAUUCUAAAUCAGCAUAAUAUAUAUGCUCAUUUUUAGUAAAAAUAAAGCAAUAAAUUAAAAUGCAAUAAUUAAAUUCAAUGAAUUUUUUUUCUAAUCAAGUUAUUUUAUUUAUUUUAGAAAAAAAAAGUUGUUAACAUAGAUGCUGCUAUAUAUCAAAAUCUCCAGCAUCACACUCUUAUGUUUCUAGGCUGAACUGACAUUCCUUAUUGAUCAUAGCUUCUAUUGUAUUGUUACUAACUCAAUUUAUUUGGCAGAUGUAUGGUUUUUUGUAAAUUUUAUUUGGUAGAUAUGUUUUUGUAAAUAUAUAGUGAUUAAUUUACCUUCAAGUAUUAAAUUUGUAACUCUUUAAUUAAAAUGAAUUAUUCAUUACCUAGUUUAGACAAAUAAAGUACCAAAAAGUUCAA